AUGUUAGAUUUUUCAGAUGACUCCUACUCUUUUUAAAUUUAACCUGUUAAUUAAAGAAAGAAGAAUAUUAAACUAUUAGUUAAAUUGAUGAAACAUCACAAAAUUGCUAAAUUGAAUCAAUCUAUUACACUUGAUAGGAAUUUAGAUUAACUCUAUGAGAAUUAUAAGAACAUUAAUACAUAGGCUGAAGAAAUAGUGGAAGUUCAAUAAAUUCUGAGUGCUGUUUAUAAUAAGGGACACAUAAGUAGGUAAAUACCAAGAGAGAGGAAAUUUAAAUUUAGUCAGAAACUAAACCCAGAGAGAUUGAGAUAGGACGAAAGUGUUGAAGAAAGCGAAGAUGACGAAGUGGAAGUAAACAAAAAAAUAAAAAAUGAAAUUAAACAGAAAUUACUAUACUUAAUAAUAAAUAAAGUACCUUUGCCUUUUAUUUUAAAUUUUAUUGAAUUCCAAAAGAAAAGAGAGUAAUUGGUCAAACUCAAAAUAAGAUGUGAAGAUUCCUUGUUAGAUUCACUCAAUUUUACAUUGAUCAAAGACCAUAGGAACGAGGAAGAAUUGAAUUAAAACCUGAAAUGCAUAGAAAUUAUUAAAAUGAAAGAACUCUUAAUGAUGAGUCUUGAGCAAUUAGAAAAGAGCAAGGAGAGUAUAUUGACUGAAUUAAAUGAAAUGUUUCUUGAUUUAAAAUCAUGUAAAACUUAAUUGAUGAAAAAACUUGAAUUCUUCUAAUAAUAUGACGAUAGUUUGGAUCCUUAAAUUAAUAAGCUACUAGGAAUUAUUAGGAAUCUUAUUAAUUUCUGUAAAUCUAAGUCAUCAUUGAAUGGUUAAUUUGAUAAAUCAGUCCUGAUGCCUAGGAAAAACGGGUUGAGAUGGCUACAAAAGAUAAUUAUGUUAAAUUGUUGGGUUUCUUAGAUAUCAUUUCCAGAGAUCUUGAUCUACAUAUAGAUGAAAGGAGAUUUAGACAAAAACAAAUCCAAUCCAAAAAGACAAUGUGUUAUUCAAUUAUCUAAAAAACUAGAUUUCCUUAGAAAGAUAUAUAAUAUCCCUGAAGUCAGAAAGAAAUGUUGGGAUCAGAAGGUAGUGCUAAUGGAUCAAAGUAAACGAACUCCAAGUUAUAUUCUCUAAGAAUACAAUCUGCAUUUACAUCAAUUACACAAAAACCUAUUUUAUGACAAAUUGUACUUGGACAAUAUGCAAGAUUACGUUUUGGAAUCACAAUUAAGAAUGUUGGUUUAGAGGUUUUAACAACAGAAGUAUCAGAUUUUUGAAGCAUAUCAAGAUUUGAGAUGCCAAAUUAAUAUGAUCCCAAUCAAUAUUUUAUAUAAGGAUUAUUUGGAAUGGUAUAAAUACGACAUUGAGUAGCUAUCAAGAUUAGAUUAUAUCAAACACGCGAAAGAUGUGAUUGUGGUUUGUCUGAUUAAACAUUUAGGAAUGCUGUUGAGAAAGGAGAACAUUUUUAAAUCUGAAUCAGAAAUUAUUAGAUUCAAUUUUGAUUAUAGGUUCUCCUAUUCAAUUUAUUAUAAAGAGAAAGACAAAGGAGAUAUGUAUUAAUGCAACAAAUACUUCUAUAUUAAAAUACUGCUUUGCGACUUUAUAGCCAUGGAUUAACCAUUCCCAUACUUAUUUCGAUACUUAACCCUAAGACUUGAAAAGUUGGAAUCUAAUAAUUCCGAAGAGAUUUUGGCUCAAUUAUUGAGUGAGAAAAACGUGAGGAACUACCUAAUGACGAAGUAUAAUUUAAAAAUUGGACUAGAACAAACAGGCAAUCGAAUAAUCAUUACCACUAUUCCACUUUCAUUUGAUGACAUCACAAGAGAAUUAUAUUAUAUCCCAUGGGAAUACGUAGUAACCUCCUCUUUAUCAAUUAUCUACAGAUACAGGAAUUACUUAAGGAAUGAAAUUUUUUAGAUGAUUUCAAGCAGAGAAUAUUAAGAUUAUAAGUCAAAUUUGAAAGCAGACUCGAGACUUUAUUUAUAAUAAUCAGAGAUCAUAACCAAACUGGAAAAUAUAUAAAAAUGA